AUGAUCAAGUCCUUCCGCAAAUCCAAGCGGCUGUCCAAUUCGCUGGGUCUGUCCAAACAUCUGAUAUCACGUGUCACGUCGGGACAGCUCACGGCGGCCGAUUUACAUCAGGUCCACGAAACUCCACUGAAAGUCAUAAAAGCACUUUACGAUUAUGAGCCACAGGGUCCUGGCGAGCUCCGCUUCAAGUGCGGUGACUUCUUCCAUGUUUUGCAGGAGGAAGGCGCUUCAGGACACGAGGCCAACGGCUGGUACGAGGCCACCAAUCCUGUGACCCAGCAACGAGGCAUGGUGCCCAUAUCUUACUUCGAGGCGUUUAGUAGAACACGCCAGUCGCAGAAAAACGACAAUGUCAUUGAUCAGGGGAAUCCUAUCAACAGCAAGCUCCCUGGUGGCCGUGGUCUGGGUUCCAAACAGCUGAAUCAGGCCUUGUAUGCCGUGGCCAUGUUUGAUUUCAAGGCCGAACGGUCGGAUGAGUUGGAUCUCAAGAACGGCGAAAGCUUGAUCAUUUGUGCGCAUCAUGAUUAUGAGUGGUUUAUUGCAAAGCCCAUCACUCGCUUGGGAGGCCCGGGGUUGGUGCCGGUGCUGUACGUCAAAAUCAUUGACAUGGCCGGCUCCACGGGCUUGAAUAAUGUUUCUCCUGACGACACCGUCGGGAUUAUCAAUCUCUUCCAGGUGCCCACGGUUGAGCAGUGGAAGGUGCAGACUGCCAGGUAUCAGGCGCUGAGUAUUCCCUUGGGACAGAUUUCCCAAAGCGAACCUUCACUGACAGCCAACUCGCAAUUUUUCAAUAGAGACGGCCCUGGGUCCAACCGGCUGUCGCUCAGCUCCUCCAGAACGUAUCUUUUGGAGGCAGGCGUUGACUCCUACCAGCUAGAACAUGGCCGGUAUCAAUACUCCGUGGUGGCUCGACUCUCCAACGGGAAGACGCGCCACUUGUAUAGAUACUACCAGGACUUCUACGACUUGCAAGUGAAACUUUUGGAAAUGUUCCCGGUCGAAGCCGGCAAAAUGGAGAACAGCCGACGCAUCAUUCCUUCAAUCCCCGGUCCGUUGAUCAACGUCAACGACUCCAUUUCCAAGUUGAGACGUGAGAAGCUCGACCUCUACCUCAGAGGCUUGAUUUCCUUGCCCGCUCAUAUCUCGCGCUCUGAUGACGUGUUGGCGCUUUUUGACGUUCUAGAAAAUGGCUACGAUAGAGAAGUCGACACUCGCGGCGAUAGAACUUCCAAGCCUGUCAUGCAGAAAUCCAACUACCAACAAGACCGGUUGUCACAAUAUUCCAACUUACAGUCGCACAUGCAACGCAACUCGUUGACACCUUCGCUGGACUCACCAAUUCAGCGCUCUCGCUCUUCUCUGUCUACCAACGUAUUGAAUAAUCUAUCAGCCAACAACACUAGCAUGAACACAUCACACCAGUCUGCCAUGGGCGGAGGCAGCGGCGAGAAGUCCAGCAAGAUCAAGGUCAAGUUCUACUAUGAGGAUGAUAUCUUUGUGCUUCUUCUACCCGCCAACCUCAGGCUUGCUGACUUGCGAACGAAGCUAGCGCGUAGACUCGAUAUUGAUGCCGGCGAGCUUGGUGUGCAUCUUUUUAUUAAGCGCGAUUACGACGAAUUCAUGGAUUUGAAUGGCAUCAACACAGACUCCCUCACAAGCGACCAACGCGAGCGUCUCUUCCAACUUGUGGUAGACGAUGACAUGAAGUUUCAGCAGAUUUUGGUGGACAAGAGCAAGGUUGUAAUUUUGACCGAUUAA